UUGCAGGCAUGUAUUUUUUGGCAUGUAUUUCCGAUCAGGGCGAUACAUAGAUGUCAGAUAGAUGGAUUGAUGCAGCCAACAUAAAAUGUGCAUAAUAAUAACAACAAUGGGUACAUUCGAAUAUUGCCCGGGAGCCAGAUAUCGUCAGGUCUGUUCUGUGUGCUCCCGAGCAACAUUACCUGUCACGGCGCAUUCCUUUACGCGCGCCCCCGUACCUACUCAACGUGCACGUGGAUAAAUAUUGACCCGCACACAGCAUGUAGAGAGAGGAGAGUUGGACAGUCACAGAAGAUGAACAUAUAGGCGCUCGCGUGUCUCUCAAAUACUAUUAUUCAACAUCGCUGUCGCCCAUACAUGGACGAAGCAGUUCAAUUGUCGCCCAUACUUGGAUAACUACAUUAUGCCGUCUGUUUAGUGUUUCCAUCGCUCUGCGGUCCUUAUUAUUUUGAGUGUGUGGCGGAAAAACAGAAAAGAUAUGGAUUACUGAAGAUGGGAUCGGCUAACGGAGGGGAACUAACUCCACCCAGCAGAGAGGGUUUGGGGCAGGCGGACCCGGCGGUGCCACAACACAGCUGACCAUUCGACACUCUUGGCAAGUCCUCCGGAAAACUUCGGUGGGGCCAAAGUCCACUUCGGGGUGUGAGCCAAGUGUGUCGCACUGUACCGGAUAAUCACACGCGAGUUCUUUUUUUUUUUUUAAAGGCUUACUGUAAAGAUGGCGGUUGUACUGACGACGGGAGUUCCAGGUAACGGCCGAGUUCAACAAAGUGGGUUUCUGGAAGUUUUGGUCAAAGGGAAGUGGCACAAAGUUUUGGCACACUUGAACGAGGAAUCCCUGACUCUGAGCUGUGAGGAGGGGGACACCGGUACGACCGACGCCGUCCGCGCCAACAGCCUCAUUAACGGAUCUUAUAACGGCAACAACAAUACCGCUGGUCACCCCGGCGACCCCGGCACGGAAUCCGACACGAGCCCCGAAACCGGGACCGAGCGGGAUGCCCUCAAGGACCUACCUGAGCAAGUGUCUGAAGCAAUAGCCAACCAGAAGAGGUGCGUCAAGGUGACCAAGCAAGAGGUCGGCGGGCUCGGGGUCAGCAUUAAAGGCGGGAAGGAGAACAAAAUGCCCAUUCUCAUCAGCAAGAUCUUCAAAGGGCUGGCCGCGGACCUGACCCAGGCUCUGUACGUCGGGGACGCCAUUCUGUCCGUGAACGGUGCGAACCUGCGGGACGCGACCCACGACGAAGCCGUUCAAGCUCUGAAGCAAGCCGGGAGAGAGGUGAUCCUUGAAGUGAAGUACAUGCGUGAGGCCACGCCCUACGUAAAGAGAGGCUCCCCGGUGUCGGAGAUCGGCUGGGAGACGCCACCCCCCGAGUCGCCCCGGCUGGGCUUCUCUCCGUCCUUCCAGACGCCCCCAGUGGCCCCGCCCGGCUCCGCCCCCACACCGCCCCGGUCCCUGCCCCUGCAGGGCGACCGGCGCUGCAUACCGCUCAAGAUGUGCUACGUCACCCGCUCCCUGACGGAGGUGGACCCCGACAAAAGGCACGUGGAGCUGCACUCCUCAGACGCCCGCCAUACCCUGGUGCUGCGCUGCCCCGACCGGGCCACCAGCCAGGCCUGGUUCUCCGCCAUGCACGCCACCACCGCCGCACUCACACAGCGGGGCCUGGCGGAGUUCGUCCAUAACGCUACAAGGGCGGGUGUUUCAGGCAGCAAGGAGAUACGCCACUUGGGGUGGCUCGCAGGAAAGACGGAGAACGAGAAGGAGCAGUGGAAGCCCGUGCUGGUGGUGGUGACGGAGAAGGACCUGCUGCUGUACAGCAGUCUGCCCCGGAGGCCUGAGGCCUGGAGAAGCCCUGAGCACACCUACCCACUGUUAGCCACGCGACUGGUCCACUCCGGACCCGACCGGGGGGGGGGGUCGCCCCAUCGCGGCACAGAGCUGUCCUUCGCCACCCGGACGGGCACGCGGCUCGGCAUCGAGGCCCACCUGUUCCGGGCCGAGACCACCCAGGACCUGUCGGCGUGGACCAGGCACAUCGUCACCGGCUGUCACGCCUCGGCCGAGAUGAUCCGGGAAGUCAGCACCAGCUGCCUGUACCAGGGCCAGGAGUGCCGCCUGGUGGUCCACUACGAGCAGGGCUUCUCCGUGCUGGCCGACCCCCCCGUCGGGCCUGCGGGGGGGGAGUGCAGCGGCGGCGCGGUGGCGGGGGGGGGGGAGGAGGAGGAGGAGGGGCGGGCGGCGCUGCUGGCCUACGCCUUCGAGAAGCUCCGCAUGUCGUCCGACGACGGGAUCCGCAUGCUGUGCCUGGACUUCGGGGGCAAGGAGGGGGAGAUCCAACUGGACCUUCACUCGUGUCCCAAGCCCAUCGUCUUCAUCCUUCACUCCUUCCUCUCGGCCAAGAUCAGCCGCCUCGGGCUGGUGGCCUGACCGCACCCUUCAUAUCAGAGGCCGCGGUUUGAUCGGAAACGGAAGAAAAACGAAAAAGAACCACAGAAGUGACUUAUUGAGAACCUCUCUGGACCCGGGGGGGGGGGGGGGUGUUGUGUGAGGGGAAGUCCACGUUAUUAUUUCGGUCUCGGACCCGUAGGAUGUCGUUCUGUCGACCUCAGUCGUUCUGCUCUUCCCGAGGCGGGAGCCGACGCUGGGACCGAUGGGUGGGCGUGCACCUCUUUCCCUGCGGAGCCAAGGGGGAGGAAGCAGGGGGAGGACAACAGCCUGUGGAAGUGAGGACGUGAGACCCCAGGGUCGCGUCUCUUCCCAAGGAGAGGAGCCGUGGAGACGUGACCGACUGACUGAGUUCACAUCCCCUGUGUUAAGGGUUCCACGACACAACUUGGACUUUAAGUGGUUUACUUUUAUUUUUUUAUUUAGAGAAACCGAAUUUGUGUCUGUCUUUUUGGCGGGAGAAAGACUUGAUUGUAAAAAUUGAUCGUGUACAGGAUUUAAUGUGAAGAGUUUGUUGAAAUAUUUUAUAUUCCAAAAACUGCAAACAUAAAUUGAAUAGCAAUGGA